UCUCCGCUAAUGAAUGCGCUUCCAUACAAGCUUUGACACGGACUGAAUGAAUGAGGAAAUGAAACAGCGUGUAAGAGGGAGGAGACAGAGAAACACUCAGGGUUUAUUGAAGGAAACCUGUCAGCGAGCAGGUUAUGUUCACAGAGUCUGUUACCAUGGUGACUGACUCAGAGUUUCCCUCAUUUCAGGGUUAACACACUCAGAGUUUUCACUAAACCUGCUUUCUGGAACACCCCUCUGACUCUGUGGCUUCAUCAGGAACACACACACACACACACACACACACACACACACACAGUGAGAGAGAGAGCUCCAUCACCAAUGAAGCACACACUGCUUUACUUACAUACAUACCAUAGUACAGUAGCAGAGGUCUUCAACAGGAAGUACUGCAGAGGGGUCGUGACAUUUUUGGUUGAUUAGACAAUUUUUUUCAAAUAUUUUUUCCCCAUUUUUUUUCCCACAAAUUAUAAUGUCUUUAAAUACACAUUAACAUGAAUCCAACAUGUUGUAGCAAAUGGACAAAUGGAGACAGAAGAUGUUGUGUUUCAGUCAGAAAUGCACACAUCCAGCUACACACAGGAGCUCUCUCAAACUGGGCACCGCUUCACUCACGGCCCCUAACGCUGCUCUGCCAAUCACACUGCCGCAUGUUACAUGCUGGCUCUGUCAGGUUCCCCGUGAUUGGCCGAGAGCCUAUUCAGUCCCCAGUCGUGUUGUCAAAAGACACUAGAGCUUGUAUGGAUGUAGAUAUCAACUUGCACGGGUAUCGAUACUGACAGUGCCAUCCUUUGAUCCAGCCGACUGUGACCGUAUCACACAGGCACCGCUGCAGACAGGCAGGCACCGCUCACUUCACCGCAGCAGCCCCGACCUGGACGCACGCACACACACACACACACACACACACACACGACGUGAACAUGGGAAGUACAAGCAGUAAAGCUCCCGUUUAAACAUGUAAGGCCCGGGCAGGGGCCGGUACCGAGACCCGGUGUUAAACAGCCCGAGGCUAAUUUAAUCAAGACCGUCAUACUAGUAAGGUCCGACGUUACCGGCUCUUAUUGUUACUUUUUAAAGUUUGGGUUUCAUGCAUCAGCAUUCUGCAGCCACACACACACACACACACACACACACACACACACACACACACACACACACACGACAGAGUGAAGUCAGACAUCAGCAGAAAGGUGCAGAUGAGUAUAACUUACUCUUGUUGACAACAACUGUGCUUGUUACUGUGAGUCAGUGCAAUAAAACCUCUGCCAAUAAAAAGCCAAUACUUUAUCAAUACAUGUGAUCAGCAUGUAGAAAGCCAUAUUUAAAUCAGCUCUGUCCGCAGUCUCUCAUUCACCGCUGUUAUGGUUUAUGAUCGCGCUUGGGGGCCAACAGCACACUGUGAAAAGACAAAGUAUGAAAGAUGCAGAGAGAGAGAGUGUGUGUGUGUGUGUGUGUGUGAGAGUGAGUGCGUGCGUGUGUGCGUGCGUGUGUGCGUGCGUGUGUGUGUGUGUGUUGAUAGAUGCUGUUAAUGUCACUUGUUUAUGUUGCUUCUGUGCACUGAUUGCUCUUUUUAUUGUUUCUGUGUUAUUUUGAGGAGGGCCAUGCAUGAAUAUCUGUCUGUCUGUCUGUCUGUCUAUAUGCUAAAAAAAAAAAAGUGGACCUGUCGCUUGCUGCUCAGAAUGUGGCCCAUCGACAUGAUCUGGUUUUAAAAUCCGUCCCAGCUGAAACAGUAAUUGCAGAGCCCUGACCCAAAGACUGUGUUGUUGCUGUUAUUUUUGUGAUGUUCUGACUUUUAUUUGUUCUCUCUUUCUUGAAAAUAGUCUUGAGUACCAUCCUUAGCAUCGUGACAACACUAGCACUUAGAGGCCAUCACUCACUUUUGUUUCCACAUUUAUGUUUAAAAUAGAAACGUCAGUUUGAAUAGCUUGAUUAUCAUGCAGUUGACAGACAGCGUUGGUAUCAGCUGACAAGAUAUGUUUAUACAUGGCAGUGGCAAGGCCCCCCACUCACUGUGCCUUGCACAUGUUUAAAAUAAAAACAUGAAUGUAUGAACCUGUGUAUUAUUUGAAUAGCUCAGUACUGAAUGCAUAAUAACAAGGUACGUUUAUACAUGUUACCAGGCCCAGUUUAAUAUAAAACACAAUUUAAUAUACAGUAGAUAUAUGGUAGGGGGUCCCUGCUCCAUCUCUCCAUCAGUUUGGGGCUCCUUGGCCUGAAACACGUCCUCUGCAUUAUGGUAUGAAGUACAGUAGAAGAAGAGAGGUUAACAGUCAGACAGUGUUUGUGACAUCAUCCAUCAAUCAGCCAAUCAGACACCUGCUGUUUGCUGGUGUACUGCCAGCCCACCUGCUGCUGAGCUCAGAGCUGAACCAGGAUCAGGUGUCUAUAUUUACCUGAGAUUAUGAGACAGACUUCCUGUCAGAGAGCUGCCAACCGUCAGAGCAGCAACAUGUCCACAUUGUCUUCAUCAUCUUCAUCGUUCAGCAGCGGCUUUGCUGGGCCGCCCCCCCCCUGGAGGAACAACAGCCUGCUGCUGGGGGGGGGGCGGGACCCCCCUCUGUCUGACCAGGGAGAGACCAUCAUAGGAGUGUACCUGCUGCUGCUGGGUUGGUUGUCCUGGUUUGGAAACAGCAUCGUCCUCUUCGUCCUGUAUAGACAGAGAGCCGUCCUGCAGCCCACUGACUACCUGACCUUUAACCUGGCCGUCUCCGAUGCCAGCAUCUCCGUGUUCGGAUACUCCAGAGGCAUCAUUGAAAUCUUCAGUGUCUUCCAGGACACCGACUACCUCAUCUCCUCCAUCUGGACCUGCCAGGUGGACGGAUUCUUCACGCUGGUGUUCGGUCUGAGCAGCAUCAACACACUGACAGUGAUCAGCAUUACCCGCUACAUCAAAGGCUGUCACCCGAGCAGAGCGCGUCACAUCAGCAGGACCAGCGUCUCCGUCUGUCUGCUGCUCAUCUGGAUCACAGCUGGAUUCUGGUCUGGAGCGCCGCUGCUCGGCUGGGGCAGCUACAAAGACCGAGGCUACGGGACCUGCGAGAUCGACUGGGUCAAAGCCAACUAUUCCAGUGCCUACAGGUCCUACAUCAUCUGCAUCUUCAUCUUCUGCUUCUUCGUCCCGGUGCUCAUCAUGCUCUUCUGCUACGUCUCCAUCAUCAACACGGUGAAGAGAGGAAACGCUCUGUCGUCAGAGGGCGACCUGACCGACCGCCAGAGGAAGAUGGAGAGGGACGUCACCAUAGUUUCCAUAGUGAUCUGUACGGCCUUCAUCCUGGCGUGGUCUCCGUACGCUGUCGUGUCGAUGUGGUCUGCCUGCGGCUUCCACGUGCCCAACCUCACCAGCAUCUUCACCCGCCUCUUUGCCAAGUCCGCCAGUUUCUACAACCCCCUCAUCUACUUAGGACUCAGCUCCAAGUUCCGCAAAGACGUGGCUGUCCUGCUGCCAUGCACGCGUGAUGCCAAGGACACUGUCAAGCUGAAGCGCUUCAAGCCGAAGGCUGACGCCAGAUUCAAAGCUCCUCUGAACCGCACCGAGAAAAAGUACUCACCUGGGAACCAGCCUUACCCCGCCCCCAGCCCAGACUCUGGGAUGGGAAGCCCGUGCUGCACGCCGCCACCCACUAACAAGGAAGUGUUCUACAUCGACACGCCCUGCCCCUCUGAGACUGGCCCUGAGUUUGAAUGUGACAGACUCUGAUGAUGUCACUGAAUACAGGAAGUGGGACGGACUGACCUCUAAUCAGGUCAGACAGACUUCAGCAGAGGGCGAUGAUGUCACAGGGCCAUGGCGCCAAAACAUAGAGAAGAAGGAGAAGAAGAAGAAGAAGAAGAAGAAGAAGAAGAAGUCAUCACUUAGUCUGCAUCUAACAUUUAGAACCGUUCCCACUGAUCAGUGUUUGUUUUAUUGAUCACAGGUACAUGUGACCACUUCCUGCAGGUCUCACUGACGCUUCAAACAUUUUAAUAAUUAAAAAAAAAAAAAAAACAUUUUAAGGACUUUUAAAAAAAAACAUUUAAUGUCCUUUAAAUGUUUAUCGUUGUGACGUCUCAUAUUUUUUUUUAUUUAUUUAUUUUUUGAUGCUGAGUUUCUCAUUUAUACCAGAAACUGAAACCUCAACAUUUGAAACAUGUUUAAAGAUGUAUCCACCUUAUUCCUGAGGACACGACUGUAGAAAUGAUUCUGGGCGCAACUUCCUGUGAGAUAGAGGAAGUAGCAUUAAGCUAGUUAGUCCCAUAGACUGUCUGUGGUUAGUCCUGGUGGCUACUCUUGGUGGCUAACCGCCAAUGCUGGUUCUUUUCCAAAGUAAUUUUUCUUAAGUUUAUAUUUAACAAAUAUUUAACUAAUGUUAACUCAGCAUCUACUAAAAUGUCUCUGUGGAGCUCUGGUACCUGUCGCACUGUCCGUGUCUGUGAUGACCAACAACCAGUCUGAGCUACAUUUGUGUCUUCAGCACUUGUGUGUUGAACAUGUGACCAGGACAAACAGGGAUUGUUCCUGUUUCCAUGGUUACUGUUGACAUGAGAAAUAGAACCACAAGAGUUUAAAUCAGAGUUAUUAGUAGAGAAUGACACAUAGACUGACAGGUGCGUCACUCAGCGUCAGUACAUGAUAUCCCUGUCUUUUCCCGUCUGACUUCAGUCUCAACCUACAUUAGAAAAUAAACUGUGAAAUAUGUAUUUAAUCAUCAGGGCUGAGAAUGUGUUACUGAUUUAAUGUACUGCCUUUAUAUCAUAUAAACACAUGAAGUUAUUUAAAUCACUGUGACUGAAGUCUGCUGCUGAAUUCAGCUUCAUGUUUCACGCAGAACAGUUUUUAAUAAAUCAGAGGUUAACAAAACAUGUAAACUGCGUGGUUAACACAGACAAGGGGAGGAUUAGCUGGAAACAUCACAUUUAUUCACUUUACAUGGAGCUACAGUUAAUACCGAAUUAUGUGUUAGUGUCUCAUAAUAAGCCAUCAGAAAUCAUAAACCAUCUUUAGAAGGAGCAGAUGUUACCUUAAGCUGCUUGGGACAUGUUAAAGUUAACAAUGUUCUAAUGGAGCUAACUGUUAGCACGCUAACAGUUAGCACGCUCGGUUGCUUUGAGAUGGCAGAAGUAUGAUCACAUGAUCCUGUUUGAGUGAUAACAGGUGAUGUGUUCCACCUUUUAUUUCCCUCUUGGAAAGAAGAAUAGUGUACUGUAAACAAACUGUAAACAAACUGUAAACAAGCUGUAGACAAACUGUAAACAAGCUGUAAAUAAGCUGUAAACAAACUGUAAACAAGCUGUAAACAAACUGUAAACAAACUGUAAACAAGCUGUAAACAAACUGUAAACAAACUAAACAGGCUGUAAACAAGCUUUAAACAAACUGUAAACAAACUGUAAACAAGCUUUAAAUAAACUGUUACCAUUGGAAAUCGCUGGUUUCAGUGCAGAGACAGAAGUUGCACCCAUAAGUCAUGCAAGGUGUCAUGGGUAACAUUUUAAAUAUUAAUAAACAUUAACAAACAUUGAUAAAUAAACAUGAAUAAGUGUGAAGAAUUUAAAUCAGUGUAAACAUUCUGAAUCAUCGUUUUUAUUUGAUCUUUUAUUUCCUUUAAUUUGAGGUUUUUAUCAUGAAGGUCAGAUCUGGAUUAUUGAUUGAGCUGCUGAUCUGAUCAGUGUAUUGAUUAUUGAUGGAGCUGCUGAUCAGAGGUCUGAACUGUGAAACCAGUUCAUCUUCCCCAGGAUAUCUUGGUUAUCUGUCUGAUGAACCCGUCACAUGGUCACAUCGUCCGUCAAUAACAGGUCUGUCAUGUUAUUGUGAAGAAUCACAGGUGUGUCAUGUUAUUGUGAUGAAUCACAGGUCUGUCAGGUUAUUGUGAAGGAUCACAGGUGUGUCAUGUUAUUGUGAUGAAUCACAGGUGUGUCAGGUUAUUGUGAAGGAUCACAGGUGUGUCAUGUUAUUGUGAUGAAUCACAGGUGUGUCAUGUUAUUGUGAAGAAUCACAGGUGUGUCAUGUUAUUGUGAAGAAUCACAGGUGUGUCAUGUUAUUGUGAUGAAUCACAGGUGUGUCAUGUUAUUGUGAAGGAUCACAGGUGUGUCAUGUUAUUGUGAUGAAUCACAGGUGUGUCAUGUUAUUGUGAAGAAUCACAGGUGUGUCAUGUUAUUGUGAUGAAUCACAGGUGUGUCAGGUUAUUGUGAAGGAUCACAGGUGUGUCAUGUUAUUGUGAAGAAUCACAGGUGUGUCAUGUUAUUGUGAUGAAUCACAGGUGUGUCAUGUUAUUGUGAAGAAUCACAGGUGUGUCAUGUUAUUGUGAAGAAUCACAGGUGUGUCAUGUUAUUGUGAUGAAUCACAGGUGUGUCAUGUUAUUGUGAAGAAUCACAGGUGUGUCAUGUUAUUGUGAUGAAUCACAGGUGUGUCAGGCUAUUGUGAAGGAUCACAGGUGUGUCAUGUUAUUGUGAAGAAUCACAGCUUUGUCAGGUUAUUCUGAUGAAUCAUGUGUGUCAUGUUAUUGUGAAGAAUCACAGGUGUGUCAGGUUAUUCUGAUGAAUCACAUGUGUGUCAUGUUAUUGUGAAGAAUCACAGGUGUGUCAUGUUAUUGUGGAGAAUCACAGGUGUGUCAUGUUAUUGUGAAAAAUCACAGGUGUGUCAUGUUAUUGUGAAGAAUCACAGGUGUGUCAUGUUAUUCUGAUGAAUCACAGGUGUAUCAGGUUAUUGUGAAGAAUCACAGGUGUGUCAUGUUAUUCUGAUGAAUCACAGGUGUAUCAGGUUAUUGUGAAGAAUCACAGGUGUGUCAUGUUAUUGUGAAGAAUCACAGGUGUGUCAUGUUAUUCUGAUGAAUCACAGGUGUGUCAUGUUAUUCUGAUGAAUUACAGGUGUCAAAUUUCAACA